GACCCACUAGCACUGGCUAACCCCUAUGUUCCCAGCUCAAUAUAAUUCCCUCCACACCCUCCCACACAACCAUAACCUACUCCAAAUUUGAUCCAUCGCUUCACUUCCUCGCAAUAACUAUCCCUCUUCUGAAAAUAAAAAAUCACAUAAAAGUUCUCAUUUCUUCACCAUGCUAGAAGGCAAGGCAGUCAUUGGAGAGACUGAUAUGCUUCAAGCAAUGCAGCAGGACGCACUUGGCCUGGCUGCGAAGGCCCUCGACUCGUUUGAUGUCACCGAGGCCACCGAGAUUGCUCGCUUCAUUAAAAAGGAAUUUGAUAAGGCGUAUGGAGCUGGGUGGCAAUGCAUUGUGGGGAUGGAUUUUGGGUCAUUCGUGACCCAUUGUGGUGGUUGUUUUAUCUACUUUUGCAUCGGCAGCCUCGCAAUUUUGCUCUUCAGGGGUUCUGCUACACCAGAGGCCGAGGCGAACCAAUUUCUCGCAUUGGAGCCGGUGAAAUCAAUCAAAGCAUGAAGCCUCUUUUUCUUGUUUAGUAUUCUUCUUUGCUGCCUCAAUAGUGCAUGUUGACCUGAAAUAUGUAAAAUUCCAAGUUUUGAAGUCACCCAUUUUUGUUUUCAUUUUGCGUUUGUCCUGUUUAAUCUGGUUUUGUGGAAUUUUUCAUAGUCACCAUCUUUGAACCAUUGGAAGACGAUUACAGAUUCUUAAA